CCGGGUGACAGUGUGACUCCUGGACCUCAGAUGGCGAGUGUGAACCCCCUAUCCAACGCCAAGGGGGUGAAGCUGGUGUGUGAGCUGUGCCACAGCCCCGCCUACAUUCAAUGCCCGGGCUGUAAGGUCACUUAUUACUGCGAUGCAGACCACCAGCGGGCAGACUGGACCAGUAUUCAUGAGAAGAUAUGCCAACUUCUGAUCCCUGUACGGGCAGCCUUCCCAUUCCUGACCUCAGCGGAAGAGAGGGCUCAUUCUGCAGAGCAGUUAUUACAGAGGAAGAAACACUUGAUUGACCUGACCACAAAGGAAGCUCAGAGACUCUUGUAUGAAGGGCGCCAUGUGGAUGUAAUUCCAGCAGCCACCCAUGCUCUGUCUUUUAGUAUAGAUGUAUACGGGCUGACAUCAGUAGAACUAGUGCCCGUAUACCUUAUUCUAGCAGAAGCCAACAUUGGUCUGGGAAAUUUAACACAGGCCGAGGAGUACCUGUCUCAUGCUUACUGGACUGUACUAAAAACUACAGACUGCAGCAAUCUCAUCCGAUCCAAACUGCACCGGAAUCUCGGCCUUCUGUACUCUGCCAAGGGAGAGUUUGAGGAAUCACUGCGCCACCUCUCUAAUGACAUUUACUAUGCGAGCACAGUCUCAGGACCUAGUGACAUCAGCACUGCAGGAGGAUACUUCCAUAUGGCCAAUGUUUUUUUCCGGCAGAAUAAAAUGGACAUCGCUGAUUCUCUGUAUUCUGAGGUAGAUAGACUUUGUCAGAUUAUUAGCAGCAGCUAUUUGAAGUUAUUAGAAUACAUCUAUGUCACUGAUCAGUUUAUUCUGAUUUGUUGCAAUGUCCUUGCCAUAGAUGAAAACCAAGAGGCAGAAGCUCUUCAGAUACUCAGUGCUAUCUAUGACAUCAGAGAACAGGCUGCAAAGAAAGAGCCAGCCAAGAUAGCCAAGGUUCUACAUGCCCUGGCUAUGUUGCACUAUCUCAGAGUGGAUUUUAAGGUGGUAAGUCUUCCCCCUAAAGAUUUGUUAUUUAAACUAUUGGCCUAUAGAUUGUCUUUCCAAAUAAAAUAUUCCUAA